GUCAGUUACUGGUCAGUUACGCACGCACGUCACGUCAACUCAAGCCAUCAUCAUUCUUCAUUAUUUAAGUUUUCAUACUUUCUCUAAGUAAUCAGGUACAAAAUUCGUCAGAUACAAAGUAGAAUUCAGUUUGCUAUUUAUUUAAAAAUACUUAAGUCAAAAUAAUAAGUCCACCAGUGCUUCAAUUCUUCGUCAAUAGUGAGUGAAUAGCGUUUGCCGUGACUGUGAACUUCCGCGAUCAGUCAUUAGAUAAAAACCCAAACUGAGUCAGAACAGAGUCGUGUGUGUUGCUCAAUAAUUUAGUCAGUGCUUUCAUUACUAUCAAAAGAAAACUAAGUGCUCGCAGUUGUACCGUGAAAACCGACCGAGUCGUCUCAAAUAUGAAUCCGUACCAGCAAGGCCAAUCGGGUUAUCCACAACAGCAGUAUCUUCACAAUAUUGGAUUCGGAAACGCUGCACCACAGUCCUUUGGUAACCCAAUGCCUAUGCCAGGACUCCCUACUAUGGGCUAUCCCCAGCCACAACCCGGCUACCCUGGUUAUCCACAAGCAAAUUCUGGCUAUCCAUCUCAACCUUCUUCAGGUUAUCCUAAUCAAAAUUACCCCACAAGUCAGGGUUAUCCAACCACAGCUCAAAGUUAUCCGUCUCAAAACUACCCAGCUGCUCAAGCAGGUUCUGGAUACCCUCAAUCUACACAAGGCUACGCUCAGCCUAGUCAAAACUACCCUCAACCUGUACAAGGUUAUCCUCAUUCAGUGCAAAGCAACCAGCAACAGAACCAUUACCAAGGGUAUCCACCUAGCCAGUCUCAGGCUCAAACUCAGGCAUACAGUGUAUCAAGUGGUCCAGUACCCACCAUGUCUAAGUCCAAGCCCACAGUAGUGCCCGCCAAUCCCUUCGACCCUCGGGAUGAUGCCGCCGUUCUCCGGAAGGCUAUGAAGGGCUUCGGCACCGAUGAGAAGUCUAUCAUCAAGGUGCUCACCAGGCGCAGCAACGAGCAGAGGCUUAGAAUCGCAUUCGAAUUCAAGACUCUGUAUGGAAAGGACCUUGUGUCGGAUUUGAAGAGUGAAACCAGCGGCAGAUUCGAGGACCUCCUCGUCGCCUUGAUGACUCCCCUUCCCCAAUUCUAUGCGAAGGAGCUACAUGACGCCACUGCUGGCAUUGGUACCGAUGAAGACGUGCUCAUCGAGGUCAUGUGUACCAUGUCCAACCACGAGAUCCAAGUCAUCAAGCAGGCGUACACUGCCAUGUACGGCACCUUUUUGGAAGAUGACCUCCGUGGCGACACGUCAGGGAAUUUCAAGCGGCUCAUGACCUCACUCUGCGUGGGUAACCGAUCUGAAGAUUUCCACGUGGAUCAAGAGAGGGCGAGAGAAGAUGCCAGGAGCUUACUCCAAGCUGGUGAGCUACGCCUCGGAACUGACGAAUCAAUCUUCAACGCGGUCUUGUGUUCGCGUUCAUUCCAACAACUCGCGGCCGUGUUCCAGGAGUACCAUUACCUAACCGGCCACGAUAUCGACGACGCCAUCAAGUCUGAGUUCUCAGGCGAUAUCGAGAAGGCAAUGCGAGCUAUCGUGAAAGUGGUUCGCAACAAGCCGCUGUUCUUUGCCGAACGCCUACACAAGUCGAUGAAGGGUCUCGGCACCAAUGACCGGCAGCUGAUCCGCAUCAUGGUGACACGUUGCGAAGUAGACCUUGGAGACAUCGCAGAUAUGUUCCAGAACAAGUACGGGGAGACGCUGCAGAGCUGGAUAGAGGGUGAUUGCUCCGGACACUACAAGAAAUGUUUGCUGAGCCUCUUAGGCGUAGCGUAUGCGUAAGGAAGCUUCUAUUCGCUGAUUAUACACAUCCAUUGAUUUUAAUUAUAAAUAUAUUGUGGUACUUUUACGCCGCGUCAUAAUUAUAACUCAGAAAAUACCACCACACAAUUAUUAUAAGCUAUUUACUAGGUUAAGCAGUGAAAUUGCUAACUUUUUUUUCACAUUAACGUAUAAUUUAUGGGAAAUGCUGCGAGCU